AUGCCAUACCUUUUCCGCAGUCUCUUCUCGAAUCGCUAUAAUACAAAAGUGAAGAAUUUCUAUGAGAAAUAUGAAGCUGUGUGUUUGGCUAUACCGAACAUGGCGCCUAUGCCGCGACCGCCCGCACUGCAGCCUCAGGGCAAGGCCUCGAGCCAAGCCUUCAAAAUUGAGCACAAAGGCGCUGUCAAGAAGUUUCACUACGGCAACGGGGAGCCGAGCACCGAUUGGCGCGCCGCCGAUAAUGUGCCCAUUGUGGAGCGUCGUCGCAUGGAGGAGGCCAGUGACAUACAGCUGAUGGAUCUGGAAUUGAAUCCGAGUGGGGAGUUCAGCCAUACCGUCUGGGAGGUGGAGCUGCCCGGCGAGGAGCUAGACAUAUUUGCCAAUCAGCAGCCAGCUAAGAACGGAGUCACCCGGCUGGGCAGAAUCAAGAUGUUGACCAAGCUGAAAGGGCGACGCAAGAAGGCGGACAUAGCCAAGCGAGCCGAGCUGCUGGCGCAGACCAAGCCACCAGCAGAGCCGGUCGAGCGGCCCAAGACGGAGCUGCCCAAGAAGCCAGCGGAUCGACGUCGCCUCAAGCAGCCGGGCGAGCAAUUCCUCUGCGACGAUUGCAACAAGAAGUUCGACCACUCAUGGAUGCUGGUGGCCCACAAACGCACCCACACGGGCGAGAAGCCCUUCGUCUGCCCUGAGCAGAAUUGCCAGAAGAGCUUCGCUGAUCGCUCCAAUUUGCGCUCGCAUCAGCGCACCAUGGGCCAUCAUUGCUGGAAGUUUCAGUGCGGACAAUGCGGCAAGUACUUCAGUCAGGAAUGCUAUCUAAAACGACAUUCCCUGGAUGCCUGCCGCAAAUAUCUGUUAUCGGUGAGACUGAAGAAAUAAUAAGUAAGAGUUAAUG